AUGCAGGGAAUGAGAGUUGCCUUUCGUCGAUCGGCCAACCUGGUUGAAACCGAAAACGCGCAUGCGUCAUAUAGCGAGCGUGUGCCUCCCCGGCAUGCCACACCAGCUAUAAGGACCAACCCUUCUGUCCUCUCGGCGCUUUCUUCGCCCAUCGCAUCGAAUGUCGACUUUAUAAGUUUCACUCAAGAGCAAACCGUCGCUGGUGUAAGGGCGCGCGCGCGGUCCCUUACUCGUGAUAGUGAAUCGACCCUCACUGGCAUCGCGGCCUUCAGUUCUGGGGAUAUAUUGAUACCAUUUGUCGUAGUGGUUCAGCUUUUAUCAAUGUAA